AUGCCCCCCUCUCAAGGCGUUAAUGGUGCCCAGGAGGCCUCUGAGAGGGGGAAGGGGGAUACAUGCUGUAACCUCAUAAGGGCCACAAGGGAUCCAGCCCCAGUCCCUUCUGCCCCAGAGCCCCAGCCCCUCCAGUCCCAGAUCCCCAGUCCCCCAGCCCCAGUCCCUUCUGCCCCAGAGCCCCAGUCCCUCCAGCCCCAGAGCCCCAGUCCCCCCAGGCCCAGUCCCUCCAGCCCCAGAGCCCCAGUCCCCCCAGGCCCAGUCCCUUCUGCCACAGAUCCCCAGCCCCUCCAGCCCCAGUCCCUCCAGUCCCCCCAGCCCCUCCAGCCCCAGUCCCUCCAGUCCCCCCAGCCCCUCCAGCCCCAGCCCCUCCAGUCCCAGAUCCCCAGUCCCCCCAGCCCCAGUCCCUUCUGCCCCAGAGCCCCAGUCCCUCCAGCCCCAGAGCCCCAGUCCCCCAGCCCCAGUCCCUUCUGCCACAGAUCCCCAGCCCCUCCAGCCCCAGUCCCUCCAGUCCCCCCAGCCCCUCCAGCCCCAGUCCCUACAGUCCCCCAGCCCCAGUCCCUCCUGCCCCAGACCCUCCAGUCACAGAGCCCCAGUACCUCCUGCCACAGAGCCUCAGUCCCUUUUGCCCCAGAGCCCCAGUCCCUCCAGCCCCAGAGUCACAGGCCCUCCAACCCCAGAGCCCCAGUCCCUUCUGCCACAGAGCCCUAG